AUGGAUAAUAAAGUCAAUAAGCGGGAAACUUGGGGCAAGACGAUCGACUUUGUUCUUGCCCUCGUAGGGUUCUCUGUUGGACUGGGAAACAUUUGGCGCUUCCCGUACCUUUGCUAUAAAAAAAUGGUGGAGGUGAGUGUAGAUGGCGUGACGGUUGAUGAUAAUUACUGUAAAUUUACUUGUAUUAUGUAAGUGCUGGUGCUUUUGAUAAUCUGGCGAAACUUCAUUCGUUUCCAUUUGAGUAUGUUCGAAUAAAGCGCGAAGGAGCAACUGCAGAAUACCUUGCCACUUUGGUCCACCUCAUUUAUGUGUCGGGAGGCUUCGAAGAUGGAGGCAUAAUACAACAAACUGUAUUCUUAUUCAGUGACAUGUAAAUGAGUGGCAGGGUAUUCUGCAGCAUAGCCAGCUUGAAAACAAUUAACAGUUCGUAAAAUAUGUCUUUGGUCAAUCUUGUUUUGACAUCCAUUCACCACAUUAUACUGAGAUGCCUCCGUCCGUGCGUCACUCACGUCAAGGCCAUGCAUGUGUCUCACAAGCCAUAGGCUAUAAACUCUAUUUGAUUAGAUUUGAAAAUUUUAUCUGGUGGCCACGUGAUGUACUUAACAAUGAAUCUGAAAGCUGUUUCUUUCUGUCUUGCUGAGACCAAGUGAGCAAGCGAGUAAUCCCAACAGUCAAACUUGUUUUGAACGGCUUCUUUCACCACUUUAAACUAACAAACAUAUAUCUCUGUGUCACUCGGGUCAAUGCCUCGUGCCUCAACACUAGGCUGCAAACUUUAUUUAAUUGCAUUUGAGAACUUUGUAUAGAUGCCUAAUGAUGUACCUGACACUGAAUUUGAAAAACUGUUUCAUUUUUGUCUUGCUGCGAGCAACUAAUAUAUUUCCGUGACUUAAGUAUAACGUUAGGCACGAUCGAACAAUCGUUUAAGAAUGUUUACAAAGAAUACAAUUUACCUACUACUUAUGCAAAACAGUGACGUCUUUGAAACUUUAGCAAGGGCUUAAGGGCCAUUAUUUUAGUAAACUAUUCUAUAAGCUUGAAAACUUUUCUUUUCGUUGUUAGGAACAGAAAUCGAAAAGUUUUUGCAUGCAUGGAAAAAUACAAAUAUGCAGAUUUUAACUGAAACCAUUCCUAGACUACUCUACACUGCUUCCAUUUUGAAAUAGUCAAGAUAUAAUUGUUUCAGAUCUUUCUGAAUAUAAUUAAUUUUCCUUUUGUUUGGAUGGUCUUUUGCCUCAAGCGAUUUAUCGGCGGUUUAUGAUCAAAAAUUGCGUUGACAACAAAGCUGACCAAUGUAUACUAUUUAAGAAUUAGAAACAGCAAGCUUUUCUUUACAAUUAAACAUUAUUUGCUGAUUUAAACGCAAUGAACAGGUUUUCGUUAAGAGGUGCACUUGACGAAGAAAGCCUCUGGCUGAUGUGUUUUCCACUAAGUUGUGAUUCGUUCUUGAUUCAUUAUUCACAUUUUUGCUUUGUUUUCAUGUGUUACCGGGUACCUCAUGUAGGAUGUUUUCUGAUCCCGUACCUAAUUUGCCUCGUUUUUGCUGGUGUCCCUGUUCUAAUCCUGGAAGUUUGUCUGGGGCAGUUUGCAAGUCAAGGUGGAAUUACAGCAUGGCUGAUAUGUCCGCUUUUUUCAAGGUUUGCUUUUAUCGAUUUAAAUGUAUGUAAUAGUUCAAUCGUUGGUUUUUGUCCCAUUGGGUGUGGCAAACGAUAAUCGAGAAAUCAUGAUUAUAAUUUUCUUCGUAACCCCGUUAAUGAUAAGAAAUAGCGAGUGUAAGUUUCCAUAAGAAACUGUGGUGCUGUGUCAGUAAGUAGGGGAGGAGGGAGGGGGAUAUCCCGAUAUAAUUUUGUGCUAUCAGCCGAGUUUAUAAUGAAAAAUGGCCACCGUAAAAAGAUUUUAAGGUAAAGAGAUUCUAACGUUUCGAGCAUCAGCCCCCAUUUAACAUAAAUGUUUAAAAGAGCGAAGUAUUACUAAUACGUGACCAUUAAAUAACGUAAAAAUAGGUUACAUCGAUAACAAUUCGAGGGAAGAGAAGUCAAAUUGGCUGAUGUAACAUUUCAAAUACCUUUUACUGUGUCAUUGAGUGCCGACAUCUUGUUAGCGUUAAGUAAGACGAUUAACGAUUUUCAAGUUGUACUCAAGAGAAUAUCGUCAGUUGAUAUUUUCUUGUUGUACUACAUUACACCGGGUCUUGACAAUUUUCCGCCAUUUGCUCGCACUAGGUCUUCCAUUCAGCUUUAGAGAAAGUGAGAAUGUAUGGGAGGAACGAAAUACCUACAAUCAGGCAUUUUCUUUUACCUUUUUGCGUUCACGAGAGACUGAUAAGAUAUGAAUAUGAAAACGAUCUUGGCAGCAAUGAAUGGUACUUAGGCAGUAGUGAGAAUGAGGCCUGAAAAGAAACUCAAGCCUAUACGGGAUUUUAACCCAUGGCCUUUGCGAUACCAGUGCAAUGAUCUAUCAACUGAUCGAGUUGACAAGCCAGCUGGCAGCUUGUCAUUAUGUUGGUUUGCAAUAAACCCGUGAAGUGAUGAAUCGAUGGCAGUGCAUAUAUGAAAAUAUUUAAGAAAUGAAUAUGAAAGCGAUCCUUUCAUUAAUGAAAACUACUCAAGCAACAGUGAAAGUAAGGCCUGAAAAAAUUCAGGCCUGUACGGUAUUCGAACCCAUGACCUCUACGAUAUCGGGUUUAUUACGAACAACAACUUACAGUGAAUAUAUAUACAUAUAUACAUAUAUAUACAUAUAUAAACAUUUGAACUUUGAUUUCAUUGCAGGCAUUGGAUGGGCAAGUGUCAUCAUCGUUCAGUUUUUAAACAUAUAUUACAUCGUCAUCCUUGGCUGGGCUCUGUUUUACAUGUUCGCAUCUUUCCGAUCCGAGCUUCCCUGGUCUCGCUGUGGCAAUGAAUGGAACACACCGAAUUGUAUUGACUAUGUCACAUCUGAAAAAGGCUCCAGCAAUACCACAGUCUUACCAACCGUAAUGGCGAGCAUGUCGAACAUGUCAACAGUGCCAACUGCAGUGGCAAAGGUAGCUAAAGUGUCUGCGAGCGAGGAGUAUUUUGAGUGAGUGAAGCUGUAAGGUAGUUUAAUAUUAACUCUUUGACCUCUAAGAGUAACUUAUUACCCCUGACUCAAACAGUUAGGUCACGAAAAUUUUAAAAAAAAUUAUCACCAACUAAAGAAGCUCUUUAUUGUUAAACAAAUUUUCCUUACAGCCACUUUAACAAAUGUCAAAGUCAAAUGAACAGUAUGCGUUAUGUGUAAAGAUUAUGGGCAGCGUCCCGAUGUUUUAAGCUUAUUUAUUGCGGGAAAAAAGAGUACCUUGUACUCGAAACUAGUCGAUCAGUCGGUAAAUCGGCCAGUUGGUCAGUCAUUCAUUUGGUAAAUCAGCGGGUCGGUCAGUUAGUAGGUUAGUCACUCAGUCAGUUGGUAGGUCAGUUAGUCAGUCGGUCAGGCGGUUAGUCGGUCGGUCAGCUGGUCGGUCACUUGUUCAAUCGGUCUGUUGGUCAGUCAGUCAGUUAGUUAGUCAGACGACCAGUUAGUCAGUCAUCCAGCCAGUCAGCCAGUCAGCCGGUCAGUCAGUUGGUCAGUCACGCGGUCAUUCGGUCAGUCAACUAGUUUGUCAGUUGUUCAUUUGGUCUGUUGGUCAUUUGGUCAGUUGAUCAGUCGGUUGGUUUGUCAGGCAGUCAGUUGGUAAGUCAGCUAGUUGGUCAGUUGUUCAAUCGGUCUGUUGGUCAGUUGGUCAGUAGGUCAAUCACUUGGUUUAUCAGGCGGUCAGUCGGUCAGUCAGCCAUUUAGUUAGUUGUUCAGUCGGUCUGUUGGUCAGUUGGUCAGUUGGUCAGUUGAUUAGUUGGUCAGUUGGUCAGUUGGUCAGUUGGUCAGUUGGUCAGUUGGUCAGUUGGUCAGUUGGUCAGUUGGUCAGUUGGUCAGUUGGUCAGUUGGUCAGUUGGUCAGUUGGUCAGUUAGUCAGUUAGCCAGUCAGUCAGUUGAUCAGUCGGCCGGUGGGUCAGUUGGUCAGUCAGUCAGUCGGUCAUUCAUUUAGACAGGGAAGAUUACUAUUAUUAUUUUCACGCAGAGUAUCAUCAAUAUGAACAAUUGAACAAAUAUAUCUAGUAGGCGGGUUCAUAAGUCACCGAGCCCCGCGAUGAUUACCAACUACAUUACUUACCUAUCUUUCCAGACAUAGAGUCUUAAAGCUGAGCACUGCUUUGGAUGAACCCGGCAUAGUGAACUGGGAAGUAGCUUUUGUGUGUCUCUUGUUGGCUUGGAUUAUCUGUUACCUCUGUGUUUUCAAAGGUGUCAAAUCCACAGGAAAGGUGAGGGAGCUGUAAUCUUAACAUUUUUAAGUUUCUUGCUCUCUUAGGUUGCCUCUCAUAGAGAGAAUUAUGUUGUUAAGUAAAAUUUUCUUCCGAGUCUAAGGGACUUUUAAAUUUUAUACUCUUGUUUGAGAUAAUUUCUGUUAUAAGAAACGUAUCUAACCUUUUGUUUCUAAUUGACGUUCUUAUAACUUCGGUUUACCAAUGAAACUCCCACAGGACUUUCCUCGAGAAUUGAAUUUUUAUCAUAUCUCAUUAAAAGCUAAAUUCGAAAGGGUUAAGGAAUAUCUAAAUUAUUUUAAAUCUUUUAACUGGCACUUCUUUCUGGCCUUUCAUUCUUUUCUGGCCUUUUAUUCUUUCACCCAAAUAAUUUCUUAGGAUAAUCUUAACAUAGUUAAUUUAAAACUUACGCUUUUUUCGUCUUGUCAACACGAUGAAUCGAACCUCCGACCUACGCGUUCUGAUACUCAACCUCUGAUCUUCGACUGACAAAAACUCUUCAUUUGACCCUGAUGAUGACUUCCGCUUAGUUUGUCGAAACGUCAGUCACUUCUACCAACAACAGUCCUUCUCGGGACUACCCCCACCAAGAAGAUUAAACCACACGUUCAAAUGUUGCAUCUGGGUUCAAAACAUUUACUAUACAGACAACAAUAUUGCCCAAUAUACUUAGCUAACAACAACAGCUCAGUAAAAAAAAAUCGUAAAAAAAAACAACAACAAACAAACAUACGGACAGGGAAAGGAACACAUCAUUACAUGAAUGAUAUCUUUCACAGGUUGUCUACUUCACUGCCACAUUUCCUUAUGUACUUUUGACGAUUUUGCUCGUUCGAGCCGUCACUUUACCUGGUGCUGCUGAAGGGAUCAAGUUUUACCUCACUCCAAAUUUUACUCGACUGGCUGAUGGUCAGGUGCGAAAUGAUGAAGAAAUGGGCCAAGUCAGAAAAACAUUUUUAUUAGUUAUUUAUCAACUAUAACCUUUAAGAGGGUUUCAAUGGGUUAGGUGUAAAAAGUUGACAAUUUUAGACUGUUAUUCGUAAAAAAUGUUUACCGUAAGAAUUGUUCUUUUAAUUGCAACGGGAAAAAAAAACUGACUGUUAGCUGUCAAUGGGCCAAAAUUUUAACUGUUAGCCGUAAAAGCUAUUACCCCAUUGAGACCUACCUAUAAAUUAAAGUUUACACUUGGUCAUUUAUUUACUCUUAGUUUUUGUUCAAACUCGAAGGUGUGGCUUGAUGCUGGAACGCAAGUGUUUUUUUCAUAUUCUAUUGGACUUGGAACGUUGAUUGCCCUCGGGAGUUACAACAGAUUCCAUCACAACUGUUACAGGUUAGAAAACACAAGAACAUUUGCUUGGUUUCUUUGCCAAGAGUGUCGCCCCUUGUCUACUUGGUGACGUUUCGAUAACCUUUCCACAGUUCUAGCUGAGAUAUUAUGGCCUUGUUUGUAUGAGAUUACAUUUAGCGAAACUGAGCUUUCAAUCAGCAAAUUUGCUCACGUUUUAAAACCUAGAUGCUGCCUCGGAGAAUCUAAUUUACGAAUACAGUGACACCAUUGAUAGGAUUUUAUAAUGAAAGAGUCAAAGGGGUCGAACAUCUGUAUCUAUUUAAAACACAAUUACUAAGUAUUUCACGAUAGCGCGGUUUUCAGCUGGUCUUAGAUUGCUUUGCAUAAGUCUUUUUAACUUUUCCCCGUAAUUGGUCUAAAAACUCUCUCCACCACCUUGAUCAAUCAAAUGCAAAACUAAAGCCAAUCUCAACUUGGUUACUCGUGUUUUCCCGCGCUUUACGCAGGGUGCCUGAUUAUAUCUUGAGUUCCCAUUGGUUCAUGGUGAUUCCACCCUUGUUCUGAUUGGUUUCUGUGAUCACUUGGGUUUUGGUUUUCGACUCUUAAUUGAAAACUCUCAAUAAAAUUAAAUUCUGAAUAAAUAAAAAGCAGAAGUGUAAGCUUGGAUGUCUUGUUUAUUUAGCGAAAAUUUGUGUUAAACAUUUUAACUUAACAAUUAAUGCUAUUUCUCGCACAGGGACAGCAUAAUAUUCGCUUGUGUAAACAGUGGAACAAGUUUCUACGGCGGUUUUGUGAUUUUUUCAGUUCUUGGCUUCAUGGCUCAGAAGCAAGGGGUUGAAGUGAAGGAUGUGGCAAAAGGGGGUAAGAAAAGACGGGUAGAGCCUGGGUAGAGUAAUUUUCAAACGAUUGUUCAAACCAAGUCGAGAUUGCAUUGGAUUUGCCUUCCAUCCCUAUGUAAUUAGUCCAGAAAACUCGUACCACUCUCGCAUAUGUUUAUUAGUUCAUUAAGUUGUAUCUUCUCAAACUUUGUUUAAGAAGAUCUUGUUCCCUCAUUCAGAAGAUAUUAGUUAUUUCACGAUAAAAUCUACCUGAUUUCCCGGGCUCUGUAAUAUACAUAUCAUCCCCCCUCACUGGCAGUUCAUUGGCAAUCAAAUUGUCUUAAGUCCCCUGUCUAUACUCUGUUGAUGGCGACUGAUCCCCUUCGUUUCCCCUGAAAACCAUGAGAUCCCCUCCCAAAUCCUCCAACCCCCCCCCACCCCCCUCCCCCCCAAGAAAAAAGUUGUUACUGGUCUCUAACUCAUCACAUCACCUCCUCCCCAGGUCCAGGACUUGCAUUCAUCGCUUACCCAGAAGCUGUUGCUCAGAUGCCUUUGGCCCCUCUAUGGUCGGUUCUGUUUUUCUUUAUGGUCUUCCUGCUGGGACUCGACAGCGAGGUAUUAGAGCAAAUUUGCAGUUUAUCAUACUUUAAACUGGAUAUCUCGUGUGUUUUACAAGUCUGUGCAUAGACAUUGAAGAAAACAUGAAGGCGCAUAUUAUGAUAAUAACCUCUAAUUUUUGUCUUAUUCCAAGUUUGUAGGCAUUGAGGGAUUUGUAACAGCCAUCGUAGACCUGUUCCCCAGACACUUAAGGCGUGGUUAUCGUAAAGAGAUGUUCAUCGCAUUUAUGUGCUGUAUCUGGUUUCUCAUUGGUCUGUCCAUGGUUACUAAGGUACCUUCAAAAGCAUAAAUGAUAAACGCAAAGAUCUUGUGUUAGAACUUUCUGGAACUAAGUUACAUGCAGGCCCUUAUUAUGAGCCCUACAGGACGCGUGUUUCUCCGCCUACGAAAAGAUUUGAGUCGAGUCGACGAGAGGUUUACCUCUGGGAUCGGUACCGGGGAUCUGAGUGGCACUAAUAUGAGACCUACACUCACUUCACACUUCUUGCCGGUUUGCGUUUCUCAAAGCCUCUUACUUUUCCGCAGGCGAAGAAACUCUCGUGCCGAGCUCUAAUAGUAAGGGACCUUUAGCAAACCACGACGGCGAUGACAACGAGGAAGUGGCAAAACAAAAGAUCUAAUGAGCAGAACAAUAGCGCAGCUCGUGCGUUUUCAAAGUGUGUACAUUUCUUAGCCGUCCUUUGCAAAAUGGCAACGCGAAAUCAUCAAAAUUUUCGUGGUCCGAGAAAUGAAACUUCGCCGGCAAAUUAUCUAAGUUUCUAUUUGGAACUCAACGCUGUUCUCGUAUGCUAUACUGAGGUUAACUUGCGGCACUGUAAGGGAUGUUAAUCAUAUCCACUCAUUCGCGAAAUUCCAGCUAAAAAUAUACAUUCAUUUUUAAAUCAACGUGCGCGUCUUCUUUGGCGUUGCCGUCGUAACUGCAAAAAAUCCCUAAUAAUUGGGAGCUUAAGCAAACCACGACGACGGCAAUGAGGACGCAAACCAACACCUCGAAAUCACCAAAAUUUGCGUGAAAUAAGAACGGAAACUCUGACGGUAGAUCAGUUAUGUUUCCAAUUUGAACUCAACCAUGCUCACAUGCGUUAAGCGUAAGUUGAGGUGUGGCAACGUAAGAGAUGGUAAACACGUCUAGUCAUUCGAGAAACUCUUACCAAAAAUAAGAAUUAGUUUUCUUAAUUUAAUUCACGUCUUCCUCGGCUUUCCCAUCCUGACUGCUUAAGGUCCUUAAUGAGGGCCUGAACAAGCUCUUCUGAAAAGUAACUCUACUUUUUAUAUCAAAUUCCUGGUUAAUGAAACCCCGAUCAAAAGCCUCCACAGAGUUUUUAAUUCAUUUAAUAUUCUCUCAUGAAAUUGAUAAUUUGCCAAAAAAACAAAAUAAUAAAAGAUCAUAGAACGUAAAAGCAAGUAAUUUUUCUGUAGAAGCGCUAACUUACGAAGUAUUUCUUUGUAGGAAUGCGGAAUAUGUUUUUCGACGACAUUUGCCUUAGUUUUAAAGGGAUAUGUAUUUUUAUAUAGUUACAUACGAUUAAGAAAAUAUUGAGCAUAUGUAUCUUACUUAGAACAAAGCAAAGUGCUAUUUUAAACAUGACAAAACAACCGCAAUCGGCAAAAACAGAUAUAAGCUCUGGUUUUACAUAUUUAACUUUCCUCUAAUCCUAAAACAACGCUAUUGUGGUAGAACAGCAGUAAGACCUCUCUUUUAGCCUACAUGCCAACGUUUCUCCUUGUUUCAACAUAGAAAACGACUUCAAAAAUAGGUUAGAAGGUUACUAUUAUAACGAAAUAAAAUCUCAGGGCCGUGUGAGGAUUCCGAUCGAGCCUGUGUCGAUUUCUCAGUAAUUUCACGAUCAGACGAGCAGCGGAGAAAGCCUCCGCGAGCUUGAUCAUAUGAUAGGUUAUAAUGUCAUAUUCACUUCUACUAGUAGAAUUGCAACCCGUGAUUUUCGUUAAAUGUUGAUGUUUUUCUUUAUUUUUCAGGGUGGGAUGUACGUCUUUCAACUAUUUGACAAUUACUCGGCCAGUGGCUCUGCUCUUUUGUGGAUCGCCUUGUUUCAAAGUAUUGCCAUUGGUUGGAUCUACGGUAAGAAGAUAACAGUUACAACCAAAAGUGUGGACGGAGGUUCUAUUUAUACGCCUGAAUUGACUAAAAGUGAUCUUUAUUAAAACGUUUGAUUACAGAAUAUGCUUUUAACCAACCGUCCAAAGGAGUUUUAACCUCCAAUGAACGUUACGAUAAGUUGGGGGGGCAGUGCGAUUCCACAGUCCACGUUUCCUUCGAUCAUGCGCGCGUUUUCCAUUGUCUCAGUAUCUCGUGUGAACCGACCCAAUUCGAUUGGUUUUCCGAUAGGUGGUGAACGUUUUACGACGAUAUGGAGAAUAUGAUUGGAUUUCGUAUUAACCCGUGGCUCAGGUGGUGCUGGAUGAUAUUCACACCUAUUUUCUGUUUGGUAAGACAGAAUAUUUAUUUAUCAGUCUCAGAAUUCAUUCUCAGUUUCAUUAUUAAACGUAAUAGAGAGGGGGGAAGGCAAUGACGUUAUUAGAUACAUGUUAAUUUACCGUGACGUUUAACACAUUGGCAUCUGGGUCAAGAGGGUCUCUGUUAAGCCUUGGCCAGAAUGGAAAUCUUAAUCUAAGAAAAUUAAGUGCAUGUCUUCUUUUGUAACAAUUCCAUUCCAUAGCGUUUCUUGAUUUCUUUAUUGCUUGAAUGUCGAUCUUUCUCUUCGCCAAGUUUGCAAAAAAAAAUCUGUGUACACGGUUUAUAGCCAUUGUUAAUCGUAGACGAAAUUGUAUGUACGUUCCUUUUAAGAGUUUUAAAGACACAUUUCUAUAUGCUGAUCGCAGUUCAGUGAUAGAAAUGGGAGUCACCCCACUCGUUUUGUGUUGGAGGUACAUAAAGCAGAACAGUAAGGGUUUUCAAAAGGGUGGCAGUGUUGUUAUGGUAACCUGAAUUAGUUGAGAAAUUAUCACAAAUUGUUGAGAAAUAAUUAAACAUUUUUUUUAUAUGACUUUCAGGGAAAUGAAAAAAAAACCGUUGAAGCUACAGUCUAUCAAAGAGUAGCUGAAUAAAAAAAUGAUAACAAAAUUAUUUCGAGCCACCUUAAGGAUUUUAUCUUUUUUUUGUCCAUAGGGUGUUUUCAUUUUUAGUCUAGUGACGUAUUCGCCUCUAGAAUACAACGGUUACAAGUACCCUGACUGGGGAGAAACCAUAGGCUGGAUCAUGGCUCUGUCUUCAAUCGUGUGCAUUCCAAUUGUGAUGAUAUACAAGUUGGCCACAACACCAGGCUCUCUUAGAGAGGUAACUACCACAUUAGUGUUCACUAACCUUUAAGGGGAGAAUGAGAAACAUGUUUGAAAAAAAUGUGUCAACCUCAAAUACCAUGCGUGACUGAAAAACUAGUGAUUGAAACGCCGGAAGUUGACUUACAUGAGUUUUAGAUGAAAACGUUUCAAUUGUCACUAAGACUCCUCAUUUUCCUUUGUACACACCAAGUACAAUCAUAAUAUUAUGCGUCUGUAUAUUUUAUCCCCAAUGUAAGCAAGGCAUUGUGAAUAUGUCUUGCAUAUAUUGGAGGAACCUCAACGGUUGCAUUGAGAAGUAUUGUGCUCGUCUCACAAUAAUUCGACCGGCUAUACUCGAAAGUUGCUGAGGUCAGGGCUCGGGCUUUGUUGCAGAGUCCACACCGGUCAGCAUUCCAGCUCUGGUCAGUUAUUGUAUUCAUUGACGAGACACUUGUGUAUCCAGCUCAACACUACGUUCCCACAGCCGUAGCCUUGACUUACUGGUUGAGAUCCAAGUAUUUCGAUGACAUGACAAGUCUUCUAAUAAUUUUACUCGCUAUACGUACACAUACUUAGUCGCGAGUGAUGAAAGCAAUCUUUGACAUCUUGUUGUAAUGAAAAUUCCUCACGGAAAAUAAGAAUCCUAUAGAAUUUGCGUCACCCCCAACCAAUGGCUUCGUUGCUCAGUUGGUACAUGGUGGUGACCAACAAUUAUCUGGGAGACACGGGUCCCUUCGGAGCCUGAAUCUUUUUAGGCUUAUCCUGCAAUGGCUAAAACUCCAACACUUCUGCUAGUAUCAUUUCUUUUCAUGAUCUCUUACACCAUCUAACUUAUUCAUGCAUUUCUUUCAUUUUCGUCAACAGCGUUGGGAUACCCUGACCACGCCCGGUCUAAAGAAUCAGUCUCCAGAGGCCAAAGGCCACGAUUUCCCUAAGGGGUCUUACAAACUCCAAACCACGACAUCGCUUUGAGGGGAUAUACAUAUGACUUGGACUUUUCUCAGCUAUAAAGUGUUUAUAGGGACUUUAAGGAAACCACAACAGUAAUGGAAACCAGAAAGUUAGCUAUCCUUUCCCCAUUUUUAUGAAAAAAAGCAACCCUCCAUCAACACCUACAUCUGUAAUUUUUAUUGCAAUUGUGCCAGGUGGAGAAUCAGACGACUAGUUUCUGGCCGAGAACGUUGGCUGUUAAGGACCAAUAACAUUCGUACAUUUUUACUGAAACGAAUAAAGGGCUGUCUUUUUAUUAAUAUCAAAUGAAAAAUGACAUCGGAUGAAUAAUACCAGGAUAAUUCCAAAAUUUUGAUCUUUAAGUAUUGGAAAUAGUCGAAUCAAGUAUUGGGAUUGUGUUUAAUACUAAACCCAAAUGCUAAAUGCUUUCUAAAGCGUAGAGGUACAUAAGGUCAGGGAACUGGAGAGCUAGGAUCACUACAAGGCAUCCGGAUCGGUUCAGCAAAGUUUUGAAGAUUUAGGGAUUGAAUGCUGAAAGUUCUGAUCAAAGGCUUGGUAAUUAAUCUAUAUUACAGGUAUACAAACAAACUCGAAAAGCAUUCCAUAAUUAAAGACCUUUUUUCUGUUCUCAGUUCUAUUUCUGCUAUUAUCAAUCUUUCUUCGUGGUACUUCUUUAUUUCCGUGCUCAUUUUGGCCGAUCACUUGAUAAUUGAAAACUAACCCGCCUAUCCCGCAUAUUUAUUUUUCAGCCUGAAAAGGGAAGAGCUGCGUUCUGUUCAUAGUUGCAUCCCUUUCGUUGGGAAUGACCAUGCAUUCUCUCUGCUGUGCGUUUCUUCUAAUUUCGUUUUAUUUUCCCUCAAAAAGACUAAUAAUAAAUAAUCGUCAUUUUCACGUUCUUGUCUAAUUCAUGUAUCAAUAUAACUUUGAGAUAUAGCUCUAUUGGAAUCUAUGCAAAAUACCUCGCGCAGCUGACUGGUUACGAAAGACAUAAGCAAAUUUCUCUAAUGUUGGAUUGCCUGGAAAUAAGGAAACGAAUCAACAUUCGCUGUUAAAAAAAGCACUGACAUAGUUUGCUUUAGUUCGUGGGUUUUUAAUACAGCUUUGUUCUCGAUUUAUGACGUAAUUUUUUUUAGUUCACUCUCGAGAAAGAUUACCUGCUGUUGCUUACUAGUACUAGCUGUUGUUGACUUGCAAGACCGUCAAAUUUCGUAACGCUUAACAUCUCGCCUGUCUUGCACUUUAAGUCAGAGUUGUAUUUAAAAGGUUUCUUUUAACCUCUCAGGUUCUAAAAGGCACAGUUUGUGUAUCAGAUAACUGCACCAUAACACGGCAAUUAAAACAUGACAAAGUUACAGAGGGGAAAGUUGCAGAUGACGGCUACUCACGCGCUAUUUUACAUGAUAAUCCUAAUCGAGAGAGAUAAAUAAACAACAUAAAGCGAGAGCAGAGUGUUUUUAGGUAAGAAAAUAAUGGCUUAGAUGCCAAAGUCCAUACUUAUGAUACUGCUUGUUUAACUUGAUCAUGUAAGUAUCAUUUGUCCGUUAGUGGAAAUGAAUUAGACACAUGUUUUAUUACCUACUUUAAAUGAGUGUAAAACUUUUCUUCCUAAGUUUUAAAGUAAAUUCCCUUAGCAUUUAGUAUUUUUUUUGUGCACUAUUGUCACUUGUUCUUGGAUACGACCACUCCUUGUUUUUGUUCUCCGAUAAUAAAUAGAGCUAAACGUUAUUUUAACAUGACUACAGCUACUUCAGGCUCGAGCUUACUAAUAUUUAUCGUUUGAAAAUCGUUUAAAACUAUUCAAACCAGAGAAAAAAAAAUUAUCAUAUUCAACGAAAAAAAAACUUUUCGAAAACCACAACAAACGUGUUAAUCGUGAGAUUUUUUGCUCCUCAAAGCUAAGAUAAACUCAUACACGUAAUCAGCUCUCACAAGCACUUGAUAGGGCGACUUACCAAAAAAAAAAUAGUUAAAAUAGAAAACCUCAUUUCUAAUUCUUAUGGACAUCUGUCACUCAAAGCAUGAUUUAUGUAUAUGGAAAUAAGAUGGAAAUGUGAAGCGUACACACUCGUUAUGAAAUAGUUUUUCAACGGCACACAGUUGAGUUGAACCACUGCCCGUUAUCAAUGGACAAUAAAGUUAAUAAGCGGGAAACUUGGGGCAAGACGAUCGACUUUGUUCUUGCGCUCGUAGGGUUCUCUGUUGGACUGGGAAACAUUUGGCGCUUCCCGUACCUUUGCUAUAAAAAUGGUGGAGGUGAGUGUAGAUGGCGUCAGGAUGGUUGAUGAUGAUUACUGUAAAUUUACUUGUAUUAUGUAAGUGCUGGUGCUUUUGAUAAUCUGGCGAAACUUUAUUCGUUUCCAUUUGAGUAUGUUCGAUUAAAGCGGAAGGAGCAACUGCAGAAUACCCUGCCACUUUGGUCCACUUCAUUUAUAUGCGUCGGGACGCUUCCAAGAUCGAGGCAGAACACAAUAAACGUUAUUCUUAUUCAGUGACAUUUAAAUGAGUGGCAGGGUAUUCUGCAGCAUAGCCAGCUUGAAAAACAAUUUACAGUUCUUAAAAUAUAGCUUUGGUCAACCUUGUUCUGACAUCGAUUCACCACAUUAUACUGAGAAGGCUCCGUCCGUGCGUCACUCACGUCAAGGCCAUACACGUGUCUCACAAGCCCACGGCCAUAAAUUUUAUUUGAUUAGAUUUGAAAAUUUUACCUAGUGGCCUCGUGAUGUGCUUAACAAUGGAUCUGAAAACUGUUUCUUUCUGUAUUGCUGAGACCAAGUGAGCAAGCGAGUAAUCCCAUCGGUCAAACUUGUUCUGAACGGCUCCAUUAACCUCGUGCCUCAACACUCGGCUGAAAACUUUAUUUAAUUUUAUUUGAGAACUUUAAGUAGAUGCCUUAUGAUGUACCUGACACUGAAUUUGAAAAAUUUGUUUUGCUGAGAGCAACAAACACAUUUCUGUGACUAGAGUAUAACUUUAGGCGCGAUCGAACAACCGUAGACUGCAAUAGAGCCAAUACUUAUGCCAAACAGUGACGUCUUUGAAAACUUUAGCAAUGGCUUGAGGGCUAUUGUUUUAGUACAUUAUUAAUCACUCUCCCUCUUUAAGCUUGAAAACUUUUCUUUUUGUUGUCAGGAUCAGAAAUCGAAAAGGUUUUGCAUGCAUGGAAAAAUACAAAUAUGUAGAUUUUAACUGAAACCACUCCUAGACCACUCUACACUGCUUCCACUUUGAAAUAGUCAAGAUGUAAUUGUUCCAGCUCUAUCUGAAUAUAUUUCACUUUCCUUUGGUUUUGAUGGUCUUUUACCUCGAGCGAUUUAUCGUUGUUUUAUGAAAAAAAAAUUGCCUUGUCAACGAACCUAACCAGUGUAUAUUAUUUGAGAAUUAUAAACAGCAAGUUUUUCUUUACAAUUAAACAUUAUUUGCUGAUUCAAACGCAAUGAACAGGUUUUCGUUAAGAGGUGCACUUGACAAAGAAAGUCUCUGGCUGAUGUGUUUUCCAUUGAGUUGUGAUUCGUUCUUGAUUCAUUAUCCACAUUUUUGUUUUGUUUUCAUGUGUUACCGGGUACCCCAUGUAGGAUGUUUUCUGAUCCCUUACCUAAUUUGCCUCGUUUUUGCUGGUGUCCCUGUUCUGAUCCUGGAAGUUUGUCUGGGACAGUUUGCAAGUCAAGGUGGAAUUACAGCAUGGCUGAUAUGUCCACUUUUUCAAGGUUUGUUUUAAUCAGCUAAAAGCUAUGUAAUAAUUCGGUUUUAACGCUAGUUUUUGUUCCAUUGGGUGUGGCAAACGAUGAUCAAGAAAUCAUGAUUAUAGUUUUUCUCGUAACUCUGCUAAUGAUAAUGAAUAAAGAGUGUAAGGUUUUAAAGGAAACUGUGGUGCUGUGUCGGUAAGUUGCGGGAGGGGGGGGGGAAAAUCACGAUAUAAUUUGGUCCUAUCAGCUGAGUUUAUAAGGAAAAAUGGCCACCGUAAAUAGAUUUUAAGGUAAAGAGAUUCUAACGUUUCGAGCAUCAGCUCCCAUUAACCAUAAAUGUUUAAAAGAGCGAAGUGUUACUAAUACGUGACCAUUAAAUAACGUGAAAACAGGUUACAUCGAUAGCAAUUCAAGGGUAGAGAAGUAAAAAUGGUUGAUGUAACAUUUUAAAUACCUUUUACCUUGUAACUUAAUGCCGACAUCUUGCUAGCGCCAAGUAAGAAGAUUACCUCGAUUAAUGAUUUCCAAGCUGUGCUCAAGAGAAUAUUGUCAGUUGAUAUUUUCUUGUUGUAUUACAUUACACCGAGCCUCGACAAUCUUCCGCCGUUCGUUCACACCAGCUGUUCUCUCUGUUUAACAGAGAGUUUAAUGCGAAAUGGCUUUCAUGGGCUUUCAUUGUCAUAAUAACAAGAUAUACCUACAAUUAGGCAUUUUCUUUUACCUUCUGCUGCUUUUUGUCGGCGAGAUGAUGAUCCUUUUCACUAGUAAAAUAUAAAUAUGAAAACGAUCUUCGCAGUAAUGAAUACUACUAAAGCAGUAGUGAAAAUAAGGCCUGAAAAAAAAUUUUAAGGCCUGUACGGGAUUUGAACCUAUGGCCUCUGCAAUACCAGUGCAAUAAUCUUCCAACUGAGUUAACAAGCCAACUGGGAGCUGGUCAUUAUGUUGGUUCUUAAUAAACCCGUGAAGUGAUAAAUCAAUGACUGUGAAUAUAUGAAAAUCAUAUAUGUGAACAGCGGUUAAAGAAAUGAAUAUGAAAGUGAUCCUAUCAGUAAUGAAAACUGCGUACGCAGUAGUGAAAGUAAGGAAUGAAAAAAAUUCAGACCUGUAAAGGAUUUGAAACCAUGAUAUCUUUUAUAUAUACACACACACGCACAUAUAUAUAUAUAUAUAUAUAUAUAAUAUAUAUAAUAUAUAUAUAUAUAUAUUGAAAUUCGAUUUCAUUGCAGGCAUUGGAUGGGCAAGUGUUAUCAUCGUUCAGUUUUUAAACAUAUAUUACAUCGUCAUCCUCGGCUGGGCUCUGUUUUACAUGUUCGCGUCUUUCCAAUCCGAGCUUCCUUGGUCUCGCUGUGGCAAUGAAUGGAACACACCGAAUUGUGUUGACUAUAUCACAUAUCAAAAAGGCUCCAGUAUAGCCAAUACCACACUCAUACCAACCGUAAUGGCGAACAUGUCGAACAUGUCAACAGUGCCAACUGCAGUGGCAAAGGCAGCUAAAGUGUCUGCGAGCGAGGAGUAUUUUGAGUAAGUGAAGCUGUAAAGUAGUUAAGUAUUAAGCCUUUGACCUUUAAGAGUGACUUAUCACCCCUGAAUCAAACAUUAAGGUCACGAGAAUUAAAAAUUGAUCACAAACUAAGGAAGCUCUUGAUUAUCGGGCAGUUGGUGAGUCGGUUAGUCAUUCAUUUAGUAAAUCAGCGGGUCGGUGAGUUAGAAGGUUAGUCAGUCAGUCAGUCGGUUAUUUGGUCUGUCAGUCAGCCGGUCAGGCAGUUAGUCAGUCAGUCAGCCAGUCGGUCAGUUGGUCAGACGGUCAGUUGGUCGGUCGGUCAGUUGGUCGGUCGGUCAGUUAGCCAACCAGCCGGUCAGCUGGUCAGCCGGUCAGUUAGUUUGUCAGUUAGGCGGUCAGUCAGUCAGUCAGUCAACUAGUUGGUCAGUUGUUCAGUGAGUCUGUUGGUCAGUUGGUCAGUGGGUUAGUCAGUCGGUCAGUCAAUUAGUCAGCCGGUGGGUGAGUUGGUCAGUCAGUCAGUCGGUCAUUCAUUAAGACAGGGAAGAAAACUAUUAUUAUUUUUAUGCAGGCUGUUAACAAUUUGAACAAUUUAACAAAUAUAUCUAGUAGGCAAGUUCAUAAGUCAACCGAGUACCGAGAUGAUUUCCAAUUACACUACUUACCUCUCUUUCUAGACAUAGAGUUUUAAAGCUGAGCACUGCUUUGGAUGAACCCGGUAUAGUAAACUGGGAUGUAGCUUUGUGUCUCUUGUUGGCUUGGAUAAUCUGUUACCUCUGUGUUUUCAAAGGUGUCAAAUCCACAGGAAAGGUGAGGGAGCCGUAAUCUUAACAUUUUUAAUUUUCUUGCUCUUUUAGGUUGCCUCUCAUAGAUAGAAUUUAGUUCAGACAUGGUUUGAUGCUACUCUGGUUUACAGAUUCAGUGAAUGCAACCGAAGAAGUUACAAUUCAUAGACCCAACGUUUCGACACUCCUGUCUAGUGCCUUCAUCAGGGGUGAUCUAAACGCUGUAACAAUAGGUCCUUUUAUAUGAUCACUAACUGACUAAUUGACGAGGUGUAAAUAGGCGUCAGGAAGUAAGCCGCCAUCAUCACGACUUAACGGAGCGUGGGCGGAGUUAAUAUGCCCAGCUUCCAAAAAAAGGCGCUGGUAGUAACGCCAAUACGUGGUGAUGAUUUUAGAAUUAACCCACCGAAUAGUAUGGUUAGUUAGUCAUAUGUGCUCCGAUAAAGCUGAAUUUUCUUUUUUGCAAAAGAAAACCGCUUUUUGAUGCUCUUUCAAACGUGUACCAAACAGAUGUUUGGCCUGUCCUAGACAUAAAAAAACGGUUUUCUUUCGCAAAAGAGAAAAUUCAGCUUUAUCGGAGCACACAUGCCUAACUAACCAGGCGUUUAGAUCACCCCUGAACGUUGGGUCUAUGAAUUGUAACUUCCUUGGUUACAUUCAUUAAAUAUGUAAACCAGAGUUUAAGGGACUUUUAAAUUUUAAUCACUUGUUUGAGAAAAUUUCCAUAAUAGGAAACGUAUCUUACUUUUUGUUUGUAAUUGAUGUUCUUAUAAUCUAGGUUUACUAAUAAAACUCCCACAAGAGCUUCCUCGAGAACUGAAUUUUUAUCAUCCCUCAUUAAAAGCUAAAUUCGAAAGGAUCAUGGAAUAUCUAAAUCAUUUUAAAUCUUCUAACUGUCACUUCUUUCUGGCCUUUUUAGAUAUUCUUUCACCCGAAUCAUUUCUUAGGAUGAUCUUAACACAGUUAAUUUAAAACUAAUAAAUAUGCCGUUUUCGUCUCGUUACAUGGAUGAAUCGAAACUCAGACUUACGCAUUCUGAUACUCAUCCUCUGAUCUUCGGGGAACUUUAUGGCAAGCUACGCCAUUACAGUUCACUUGCUACGCGCCCUGUUUACGGCUAGGAUUAGCAAUAUCGACAGCUUCGUAUUAGUGAACAGAAUAUGUAGAGAAAGAUGUUUCAUUUUAAGGUUAGUUUGAUUAAAUCAUUUUUCGAAUGAUAUGUCGUAAAAUGAAAACCGAAAUAAAAAUUAAAAAUUAAUUAGCACAUUGAAAUUAAACCAGUGUAAUCUCGAUUAUGUGCGACCCUCAAUUCGUUAAUUCUCUUUCUCAGGGUUCGAUUUAACUGCGUAACUUUUAUGUUAAUAGAUAGCAGGUGUUAACAUCCAUUGACACAAUACCAACGACUUAUCCACGACAUUUACACCAUAAACUGGCGAACCGAACAGAACGACAACAUUACCAACGGAUCCACACUGACCAGUCAUGAUCUAUUACGCCGUUCGAGCCUUAUUGCCGAUAAAUCACGGCUAAACUGACCAAUCAGCUUACACGAGCUGGACUUAUUAACACUCGACUGACAAAAACUCAUCACUUAAUAUUGAUGAUGACUUAAUAAUAAGUUCUUAUAUAGCGCAUUAAAAUUGAACUUCCGCUUAGGUUGUCGAAACGUCGGUCACUUCUACCGACAAUAGUCUUUCUCGGGACUACCCUCACCAAGACGAUUAAACCACACGUUCAAAUGUUACAUCUGGGUUUAAACCAUUUAUUGUAGAGACAACAAUAUUGGCCAAUAUAACUAGCUAACAUUAACGGCACAAUUAUAAAAAAAGAAAAAACAGCAACAACAUCAAGCAAACAUACGGACAGGGAAAGGAACACAUCAUUACAUGAAUGAUAUCUUUCACAGGUUGUCUACUUCACUGCCACAUUUCCUUAUGUACUUUUGACGAUUUUACUCGUUCGAGCCGUCACUUUACCUGGUGCUGCUGAAGGGAUCAAGUUUUACCUCACUCCAAAUUUUACUCGACUGGCUGACGGUCAGGUGAGAAGUGAUGAAGAAAUUUUUAAAAACUGAAAUUGAAUGGGCCAAGUAAAAAAAAAAUAUAUUUUUAAAUUAUUUAUGAACUCUAAGCUUUAAGAGGGUCUCCAUGGGUAAGGCGUAAAAAAAAUACAAUUUUAGACCGUUAUUCGUAAAAAAUGUUUACCGUAAAAAUUGUUCUUUUAAUUGCAACGGGAAAAAACUGACUGUUAGCUGUUAAUGGGCCAAAAUUUUAACUGUUAGCCGUAAAAGCUAUUACCCCAUUGAGACCUACCUUUAAAUUAAAGUUUACACUUGGUCAAUUAUUUACUCUUAGUAUUUGUUCAAACUCGAAGGUGUGGCUUGAUGCUGGAACGCAAGUGUUUUUUUCAUAUUCUAUUGGACUUGGAACGUUGAUUGCCCUCGGGAGUUACAACAGAUUCCAUCACAACUGUUACAGGUUAGAAAACACAAGAAAAUCUGCUUGGUUUCUUUGCCAAGGGUGUCGCCUCUUGUCUACUUGGUGACGUUUCGAUAACCUUUCCACAGUUCUAGUUGAGAUAUUAUGGCUUCGUUUCUAUGGGACUACAUAUAGCGAAACUGAGCUUUCAAUCAGCAAAUUUGCUCACGUUUUUAAAACUCGAAGCUGCCAUGGAGAAUCCAAUUUAAUAACACGGUGACAUCAUUGAUAGGAUUUUAUAAUGAAGAGUCAAAGAGGUCGAACACCUGUAUCUAUUUAAAACCUGUAUCUAUUUAAAACCCAGGUACUGAGUAUUUAGCGAUAGCGCGGUUUUCAGCUGAUCGUAGAUUGCUUUGCAUAAGUCUUCUUAACUUUUCCCCGUAAUUGAUCUAAAAACUCUCGCCACCACCUCGGUCAAUUAAAUGCAAAACUAAAGCCAAUCUCAACUUGGUUACUGGCGUUUUCCCGCGCUUGACGCAGGGUGCCUGAUUUUAUUUUGAGUUCCCAUUGGUCCAUGGUGAUUCCACCCUUGUUCUGAUUGGUUUCUGUGACUACUUGGGUUUUGGUUUCUCUCUUCAUCUCUCAAUUGAAAACUGCUCUAUAAAAUUAAAUUCUGAAUAAAUAAAAAGAAGAAGUGCAAGCUUGGAUUUCUUGCUUAUUUAGCGAAGAUUUGUGUUAAACAUUUAACUUAACAAUUAAUGCUGUUUCUCGCACAGGGACAGCAUAAUAUUCGCAUGUGUAAACAGUGGAACAAGUUUCUACGGCGGUUUUGUGAUUUUCUCAGUUCUUGGCUUCAUGGCUCAGAAGCAAGGGGUUGAAGUAAAGGACGUGGCAAAGGGGGGUAAGAAAAGACGGUAGAGCCUGGGUAGAGCAAUUUUCAAACAAUCGUUGAAACCAACUCGAGAUUCCAUUGGAUUUGCCUUCCAUCCCUAUGUAAUUAGUCCAGAAAACUCGCUCCAAUCUCGCAUAUGUUUAUUAGUUCAUUAAGUUGUAUCUUCUCAAACAAAGUUUGAGAAGAUCUUACUUGAAUAUGAAAGCGAUCUUCACAGCGGAGCACUACUUAAGCAGUAGUGAAAAAAAGGCCUGAAAAAAAUUCAGGCCUGUACGGGAUUUGAACCCAUGACCUCUGCGACACUGGUGCAGUGCUCUACCAACUGGGAGAUGGUCACUGUGUUGGUUCCAAAUAAACCCGUGAAGUGGUGAAUAAACGACUGUGAAGAUCGCUUUCAUAUUCACGUCUUUAUCCGCAGUUCAAAUGUAUAACUUUCACAGCCGUUUAAGAUCUUACUUGUUGUCUCAUUCAGAAGAUAUUGGUUAUGUCACGAUAAAAUUUACCUGAUCCCUCGGGCUCUGUAAUAUACAUAUUAUCCCCCCUCGUUGGCAGUUCAUCGGAAAUCAAAUUUUCUUAAGUCCCCUGUCUAUACUAUGUUGGUGGCGAGUAAUCCCUCCGUUUCCCCUGAAAACCAUGAGAUCCCCUCUCAAAUCCUCCAACCCCCCCUUACUAGUCUCCAACUCAUCACAUCGCCUCCUCCCUAGGUCCAGGACUUGCAUUCAUCGCUUACCCAGAAGCCGUUGCUCAGAUGCCUUUGGCCCCUCUAUGGUCGGUUCUGUUUUUCUUUAUGGUCUUCUUGCUGGGACUCGACAGCGAGGUACUAGAGUGAAUUUGCAAUUUAUCAAACUUUGAACUGGAUAUCUUGUGUGUUUUACAAGUAUGUGCAUAAACAUUGCAGAAAACAUGAAGGGGCAUAUUAUGAUGAUGACCUCUAAUUUUUGUCUUUUUUCAAGUUUGUGGGCAUUGAGGGAUUUGUAACAGCCAUUGUGGACCUGUUCCCCAGACACUUGAGGCGUGGUUAUCGUAAAGAGAUGUUCAUCGCAUCUAUGUGCUGUAUCUGGUUUCUCAUUGGUCUGUCCAUGGUUACUAAGGUACCUUCAAAAGCAUAAAAGAAAAACGUAAAGAUCUUGUGUUAUAACUUUCUGGAACUAGGUUACAAGCAGACCCUAAUGAUGAGCCCUGCAGGAUGUGUGUUUCUCCGCCUGCGAAAAGAUUUGAGUCGAGUCGGCGAGAGGUUUACCUGUAGGAUCGGUGUCGGGGAUCUCAGUGGCACUAAUAAUGAGACUUACACUCACUGCACACUUCUUACUGGUUUGCGUUUCUCAAAGCCUCUUACUUUUCCGCAGGUGAAGAAACUCUCGUGCCGAGCACUAAUAGUAGGGACCUUUAGCAAACCACGACGGCGACGGCAACGAGGAAGUGGCAAAACAAAAGAUCUAAUGAGCAGAACAAUAGCUCAGCUCGUGUGUUUUCAAAGUGUGUACAUUUCUUAGCCGUCCUCUGCAAAAUAACAAUGUGAAAUCAUAAAAAUUUGCAUGGUCCGAGAAAGGAAACCUCGACGGCAAAUUAUCUAAGUUUCCAUUUGGAACUCAACGCUGUUCUCGUAGCUAUGCUGAGGUUAACUUGCGGUAAUGUUAGGGAUGUUAAUCAUAUCCACUAAUUUGCGAAAUUCCGACAACAAAUAUAAAUUCAUUUUUAAAUCGACGUCUUCUUUGGCGUUGCCGUCGUAACUGCUAAAGGUCUCUAAUAAUAGGGAGCUUAAGCAAACCACGACGACAGCAACGAGAACGCAAAAUAACACCGCGAAAUCGCCAAAAUUUGAGGGAGAAACUCCGACGGCAGGUCAUUUAUGUUUCCAUGUUGAACUCAACUAUGCUCACAUGCGUUAAGCGUAAGUUGAGGUGUGGUAACGUAAGAGAUGGUAAACAGGUCCAGUCAUUCGUGAAAUUCUUACCAAAAAUAAGAUUUAGUUUCUUAAUUCAACAAUGUCUUCCUCGCCUUUCCCGUCCUGGCUGCUUAAGGUCCUUAAUGAAGACCUGAACAAACUCUUUUGAAAAGCAGCUCUACUUUUUAUAUCAAAUUCCUGGUUAAUGAAACCCCGAUCAAAAGCCUCCACAGAGUUUUUACUUCAUUUAAAAUUCUCUCGUGAGAUUGAUAAUUUGCCAAAAAAACAAAAAAAUAAAAGAUCAUAGAACGUAAAAGCAAAUGAUUUUCUGUAGAAGGGCGAACUUACGAAGUAUUUCUCUGCAGGAAUGGAAUAUGUUUUACAAUGACAUUUGCCCUAGUUUUAAAGGGAUAUCUAUUUUUAUACAAUUUCAUACGAUUAAAAAAAUAUUGAGCAUAUGUCUCUUACAUGCAACAAAGAAAAGUGCGAUUUUAAACGACACCACUACUGCAAUCGGCAAAAACAGAUAUAAGCUCUGAUUUUACAUAUUUAACCGUUUCCUCUAAUCCUUAAAACAACGAUAUUGUGGUAGAAUAGCAGCAAGACCUCUCUUUUAGCGUAAAUGCAAACGUUUCUCCGUGCUUUAGCGUAGAAAACGACUCUAAAGGUUAGAAGGUUGAUAUUAUAAAGAAAUAAAAUCUCAGGGCCCUGUGAGGAUUCCAAUCGAGCCUGUGUCGAUUUCUCAGUAAUUUCACAACCAGACGAGCAACGGAGAAAGCGUCAGCGAGCUUGAUCAUAUGAUAGGUUAUAGUGUCAUAUUCACUUCUACUCAUACCUUUGUGGAAUUUUAGCCCGUGAUUUUCGUUAAAUGUUGAUGUUUUUCUUUAAUUUUCAGGGUGGGAUGUACGUCUUUCAACUAUUUGACAAUUACUCGGCCAGUGGCUCUGCUCUUUUGUGGAUCGCCUUGUUCCAAAGUAUUGCCAUUGGUUGGAUCUACGGUAAGAAUAUAAUAGUUGCAACCAAGAGUGUGGACGGAGGUUCUGUUUAUACGCCUGAAUUGACUAAAAGUGGUCUUUUUAAAAACGUUGGGAUACAGAAUAUGCUUUUACCAACCGUCUCAAGGAGUUUUAACCUCCAAUGAACGUUACGAUAAGUUAGGGGGCAGUGCGAUUCCACAGUCCACGUUUCCUUUAAUAAUGUGCGCGUUUCCGUUGUCUUGGUAUCUUGUAGAAACCGACCCAAUUCUAUCGAUUUUCCGACAGGUGGUGAACGUUUCUAUGACGAUAUGGAGAAUAUGAUUGGAUUUCGUAUUAACCCGUGGCUCAGGUGGUGCUGGAUGAUAUUCACACCUAUUUUCUGUUUGGUAGGACAAAAUAUUUACUUAUCAGUCUCAGAAUUCAUUCUCAGUUUCAUUAAGAAACGUAAUAGAGAGGGGGAAAGGCAAUGACUUUAUUAGAUACAUGUUAAUUUGCCGUGACGUUUAACACAUUGGCAUCUGGGUAAAGAGAGUCUGGUUUGAGCCUUGGCCAGAAUGGAAAUUUUAAUCUAGGAAAAUUAAGUGCAUGUCUUCUUUUGUAACAAUUCCAUUCACAGCGCUUCUUGAUAUUUUGAUUGCUUGAAUGUUGAUCUUUUUCUUUGCCAAGUCUGCAAAAAUCUUUCCAUACGGUUUAGAGCCAUUUUAAAUUGUAUGUACGUUCCUUUCAAGAGUUUCGUAGAAAGACACAUUUUAUAUGCUGAUCGCAGUUCAGUGAUAGAAAUGGGAAUAACCCCACUCGUUUUGUGUUAGAGGUAGAAAAAACAGAACAGUAGGGGUUUUCAAAGGGGUGGCAGCGUUGUUGUGGUAACCUUAAUUAGUUGAAAAAUGAUCACAAAUUGUUGAGAAAUAAUGAAACAUUUUUUUGAUAUGAGUUUCAGGGAAAUGAAAAGUAAAAGCGUUGAAGCUACAGUCCAUCAGAGAGUAGCUAAAUAAAAAAGAUAGGAAAAUUAUUUCGAGCCACCUUAAGGAUUCUAUCUUUUUUGUUCACAGGGUGUUUUCAUUUUUAGUCUAGCGACGUACUCGCCUCUAGAAUACAACGGUUACAAGUAUCCUGACUGGGGAGAAACCGUAGGCUGGAUCAUGGCUUUGUCUUCCAUCGUGUGCAUUCCAAUUGUGAUGAUAUACAAGUUGGCCACAACACCAGGCUCUCUAGGAGAGGUAACUACCACAUCAGUGUUCGCUAACUUUUAACGGGAGAAUGUGUUGUUGAUACCAUGUUUGAAAAAGAAAUGUUCUAACCUCAAAUACGAUGUGCGAAUGAAAAACUUGUGAUUGAAACGUCGGCAGUUGAUUUUCAUCAGUUUUAGAUGAAAACGUUUCAAUUCUCACUAAGACUCCUCGUUUUCUUUUGUACACACCAAGUACAAUCAUAAAAUUAUGGGUCUGUAUAUUUUAUCCCCAAUGUAAGCAAGGCAUAGUGUACAUGUCUUGCAUAUAUUGGAGGAACCUCAACGCUUUCAUUGAGAAGUAAUAUGCUUGUCUCACAAUAAUUCGACCAGCUAUACUUGAAAGUUGCUGAGGUCAGGGCUCGGGCUUUGUUGCAGAGUCCACACCGGUCAACAUUCCAGCUCUGGCCAGUUAUUGUAUUCAUUGACGAGACACUUGUGUCUCCAGCCCUCCUUAACCCAGAGUUAAUUAGCCAUUUUUACGAUCAACUCUACGUCCCCACAGACGUAGCCUUGACUUACUGGUUGAGAUCCAAAUAUUUCGAUGCCAUGACGAAUCUUCUAAUAAUUUUACUCGCUAUACGUACACAUACUUAGUCGUGAGUGCUGACAGCAAUCUUUUACAUCGACUUGUAAUGAAGAUUCCUCACGGACAAUAAGAAUCCCAUAGAAUUUGCGUCACUCCCAACGAAUGGCUUCGUUGCUCAGUUGGUACGUAGUAAUGGCCAACAAUUAUACGGGAGACACGGGUCCCUUCGGAGCCUGAAUCUUUUUAGGAUUUUCCUGCAAUGGCUAAAACUCCAACACUUCUGCGAGGAUCAUUUAUUUUCGUGAUCUCUUACAUCAUCUAACUUAUUCAUGCAUUUAAUUCGUUUUCGUCAACAGCGUUGGGAUACCCUGACCACGCCCAAUCUAAAGAAUCAGUCUCCAGAGGCCAAAGGCCACGAUUUCUCUCAGGAGUCUUACAAACUCCAAACCACGGCAUCGCUUUGAGGGGAUAUACAUAUGAUUUGGACUUUUCUCAGCUAUGAUGCGUUUAUAUGGACUUUAAAGAAACUACGACAGCAAUGGAAACAAGAAAGUGGCGAAAUAAAAUAAUUAAUCCUUUCAUUCUAACAUACGUAAACAUAUUCCCCGCACUUUCCUUUUUAAAUUUCUUAAGGUACUGACAGAGAAAAUUUUUUCGGCAAUCAAGAGCUCUUAAAUUUGUGAUCACUUUCUUUAUCCUCGUGACCUUGAUGUCUGAUUCAGGAGUGAUAUUUUAAGGUUAAAUAAAAAUUCAGUUACUCUGAGGGGGUUAAAAAAAUAAGGAGCUUAAUAAAUAGCUCAGCACUUGCGUUUUAAAACUUUCUGCAUUCCUCAACGCUUUUCGCAUAAUAUUGUUGUGCUGAAGUCGCAGUAAGUAGCGAUAAAGAGGAUACCCAAA